AUGAAGCUUUACUCCCUGGCAAUUGUAAAACCCUACCCAAGUGGUGUGGAGAAGCAACCCGUCAUAUGCUCUCAGGCCAUCGACGUUAGUUCAUUUGGAUUCUUCCAGCGGAACUCCGCAAGGGAAUUCAUAGUGUUUCUCACCCGUACCGUAUCGAACCGCGUGGCCAAAGGUGUUAAAACACAAAUAACAGAAAAUGGCAAUGUUGUCUUUGCUCAUGCGACAUUCGAUGGGUUGGUUGCUUUAGCCAUUAGUGAUGUGGAAUAUAACUCCCGUGUGGCAUUUACGUUACUUGGUGAUCUCGUUCAGCAAUUCCAAACCACAUUUCGCGGCAAAUACGACCUCGUUGAUGGGAAGGAAGAUAACUUCCUCAGUUGGCCACAUUUGACGGAAACUUUGGAGAAAUACCAGAAACCAGAAGAACAGGAUAAGAUUCUGAAGAUCAAACGAGAUAUAGAAGACACCAAAGUUAUCAUGUACAACGCCAUUGAUCAGAUUAUUGAACGCGGGCAGAAAAUUGAUGACCUCGUCGCACAAAGUGAGGAUUUGGGAAUGGCGAGCAAAACCUUCUACAAGCAAGCCAAGAAAACAAACUCUGGGUGUUGCACCGUCAUGUGA